GCACUGAUAUCUGAACAAAUUUUGAGAGUCUUGGCAAAGAUAUCUUCCGUCUGCAGGGACGAUCUUUUCCGAUGAUUUCUCUUGUAAUCGAUAUCAACUGCAGACACAACCCGGAAGUGAAGACACUUUCUCCUUCUGUUAUAAACAGCAGCACUUCUUACUUUACGUGCCGGCCGAAGAGGAAGUGAAAUCAGACCAGGUAAAAAUACUUACCACUAGAAAACUCACAGCCUCCACAGUUUUCGUCAGAAAUUCCCUUGUGAAGUUCAUCGCAGUCAUUUGGAAUAAUGUCUGGUCUUGUUAAAGCUAAGAAGUAUGACUGGAAGGACAGCAACUUGGCCCUUUUUGGCUCUGACACAGAGAAAGAAGUGAAGAAGGAGUCUGCUGAGCAGGAGCCAGCCUGGCAGGGUGCUGGAGCUGAGCCUGGCCUGAAAAUCUGGCGCAUUGUGGACUUUAAAGUUACAGAAUGGCCCGAGGAUGACUAUGGUGAAUUCUACAAUGGAGAUUCCUACAUCAUUUUGAACACAUACAAGGAUGAGGAAACUGAGAACUUGCUCCAUGAUGUCCACUUCUGGAUUGGCAAGAACAGCUCACAGGAUGAAUAUGGUACUGCUGCCUACAAGACUGUGGAAUUGGAUACCUUCCUUGAUGAUGUUCCAAUUCAACAUCGCGAAGUUCAAGGUCACGAAAGUGCUCUCUUCCGCUCUUACUUUGAAGAUGGCAUCACCCUGAAGGAAGGUGGAGCUGCCUCUGGCUUCCGCCACGUGCCAGCAGAGGAAUACACAGCACGUCUGUUCCGUUAUGCCCGCGACAAACACAGCCACAUCGUUCUCACACAGCUGCCUAGAGCUGCAUCUUUGGUCACCGAGGGAGAUGUGUUCAUUCUUGACUGUGGCUUGAAGAUUUACCAGUACAACGGAGAUGAUUCAAGCCCAAUGGAAAGGUCAAAGGCCAUGCAGUACGUUUCCAAGCUCAAAUCUCAAAGAGGCGAGGCUGACUCAGAUGUCCUUGAUGGUAGCAGCACAUCGAAGUCUCACGAGUUCUGGGAGAAACUGGAUGAGGAGGAGGGAGAUUCUCUCAGUGAUGACGAGGAUGGCCCAGAGAGUCAAACGCUGCUCAAGGUGAACACUGAAACCAAAGACUCUGAGGUUGUGAAGGAAGGAGACCUUACCAAGGACGAUCUUGCUGCUGAUGAUGUGUUCAUCGUAGACAGCGGUGAUGUUGUGUUUGUCUGGGUGGGAGAAAAUGCCUCAUCUGCUGAAAAGAAGAAUGGAAUUCCUUAUGCUCACAAUUACCUGCGCGAGUCUGGCCAGCCAUGGCGACCCAUCACUGUUGUCAAGCAGGGACAGAAGUGCCCCCAGUUCGAGUCUGCCAUCGCUGCUUAAGCUGGAUUCUCCGUGCUUCAGAGCAACCGGGGCUCUUUUGUUUUAUCUUACUCGUUCUUAAUUCAACUGUUGACUGGACAUCAAACCACGCAACCUCACCAUCAUCCAGUCUUGUUGUUGUAUUGUCAUUUUGAACUUCUCACAAAUGAACCUGAUCACGUUGUUACGGCACAUGAAUUUUGUGCCACUUGACCGGUAAAGUAAAGGAAAUUUUUGAAGAAAGCGAUGACUCAGUCUUUUUUUACAGGACAUUGUUCUCACUCUGUCACACAGUGCUUCCUAUGUCUGUAUCAGCAAUAUUGUUAGAUCUUCCUUUGCAUUUUUGAAAGGAGACUAAAAUAUUUUGAAAUUGAUGAGUGCAGGAAGCGCUUAAUUGUAUGCUUUUGUUGCCUCACAAUAGACAACUCUGGCCUUGCAUUUCUCUACCACCUUUUUUUUCGUUAAAGAUUGACAGUCUGACAUUUUUCUUUUUUUACACCUGCUUUGCCUUAUAAAUACACAUUGUUGCCAAUUCAUUAGAGCCUUGCAUCACAAUGGUUGUGUUCAGUGUUGUUCGUCAUCACUUUCUGUUACUCUAUGCCUUAAAGAACACUUUUGAGCAAAAUAACCUGGUGCACAAGAAUAUCUGUUUAUAAUAACAGGGUUACUUGUUCUUACCUAUUCCGGACUGUAGAAAUCACUAUUUUGACACAAAAUAUAAUUUUCUAUCAAAUGUGGAAUAACCAUGAUAUUCUUCAUUUUCUUCAGCUCUUUCGUCCUAAAGUUUUGAUUCUGUUUUCAAAAAUAUGAAAAAAUUUGUUGAACCUGAGCAUAUUUUACAAAAGAAGAAAUCUAAUUUAACAAAACUUAAUGCUCAAGUAUCACAUUAUAAUCUAUUGCCUUGACUGAAUCUGAAAUUGUGCUUUGUUUGUUGUAUCCAUCAUCUACGCAAUUACUGUUUAUAAUUUAGUUAUUGUUUACACUUUUCAUUUUGACAUUUGUACAUUUAGCUAUAUUUAUGUACACUUUUUAUAAUACAGUUUAUAUCUGUUAUGUACUAAAUUGAUAUCAGCAAAUUUUAAAACUGAAAGACUAUCAAUUUUACUUAUAGGGUCAUUUUUUAUUUUUUUUUGGGUAAAGAUGUGGUCUCGAUGAAAAAGCUGAUAUUUUUUGGUUUUCUCAUCAGCACCUCUUUCGUUAAGUUAAAAAUAGCAAUAACAAUCUGUGAUUUGCUAAUCUUGGCAAUGUGGAAAGUCUCAUAUUAUUAUAGCAGUUAAAAGUCUCUUCUUGUAAUCUUUUUUUUUUGUCCAGAUUUUUUGUUACUUGUUGAUGCCUGUCGUCUUGGACCAACAUAACGAUAUACUUUGAGAAAUCACUAAUUUUUGGAAUUAAAUACAUUUCAGAACAUUAGUAUUUUUUAAUUUCUCUAGUAAGUAGAUUUAGAGUAGAAGAAGCUUUGGGAAAAAUAGCAUUGGUAAAUUGUUUACUCCUUCAACUUAAAUGAACUAAAACAUUAGUCAUUUGAAGUUUAGCAAAAUAAGGGCAUCAAGGGAUGUUUGUUGUACUUACUUAAUUUUCUUAAGCAAUAAAAUAUCUCACAGACUCGUUUGUUCUGCCAUUUUGACAAACAGUUCUGUGAUGGGAAUGUUGCACAAAAAUAAGCAAUAACACAAAUUUUAUAAUAGAUUCCACCAUGAAAAACAUCAAAGUAUUAUUUUAUUAUAACUAAGAACUUUGAACUCCAUAGCCUACUAGUCGUAGUCUCAUGUUGUCUUUCAGUGGGAAAUUUCACUGGUGCUUAUACUCAAUAAAUAAAUAAAGCAUAUUUUUCAAUGCUA